AAAACUGCUGAUCUGUAAUUAGCUCCUUUGCAGAUUUCCACUCUGGAUUACUCAGAGUUUUGAGUAAUUGUGUAAAAAGCACAAAGGGUGUUAAACCUCAGUGUAAAUCUCAGUGCGCCGUUAAACAUCAGACAUAUAUUGACUCACACGCAAUAUAAAAGGAAGUAAAAGUGAACAGGGGAGCCAACUAAAACAGCCGGAGUUACCAUGGCAACGGGACGGAUAAUAACGUCACUUCCGCACAUGCGUCAAGCUCCAAUCGCGUAUGCGCAUUCUACAGGCAAAUCGACGACGAAAAGGCAGCGGGUGUGGAGAGAACGGAUCGGGGGGACACAACGCAGUUUCGCGAGACGCUCGCUUGGUGGCGCUAGAGGUGGUGACGCCCGGCGUCUUCUGUAAACGCCGUCGUUUGUAUAACGCGAAGAAGGAAAAGUCGGCUUCGAAACGAGAGUUUUCCGGACUCUGACUGUGCGCUAUGAGGGGAAGCUGAUGCCAUGUGUUUGUGCAAGGAGCGUGUGGGGUGUUGCAGAGUGAAACUUCGUCAUGGAGGCAACCCCUACUGAAACCACCCGCACUUCUGCAUAGUGGCCAGCGUCGCUGAGAGAUUCAACAGAAAUGAGAAGACGACGGGAGAUGGUACGAGCGAGGCUUUAUGCGAAAGGCCGAAGUUUUGAAAGCAACAUCAGGAUCCACGUGGCAGUGGACAGCAGACAGCAGCGCCACGACGUGGACAUCUAGUGAAGCUCCCGUCAGCCUGCGCUUAAUUUACGACCGGCUCCGAGAUGAACCUGAUCAACAUGGACGCGGAGAACCGCGUGGUCCUGAACGUGGGAGGGAUCAGACACGAGACGUACAAGGCGACUCUCAAGAAGAUCCCAGCCACGCGUCUGUCGCGGCUGACAGAGGCUCUCGCCAAUUACGACCCAAUCCUCAACGAGUAUUUCUUCGAUCGCCACCCCGGCGUCUUCGCCCAAGUCCUCAACUACUACCGGACGGGGAAGUUGCAUUACCCAACUGAUGUGUGCGGGCCACUGUUUGAGGAGGAGCUAGAGUUUUGGGGUUUGGACGCAAACCAAGUGGAGCCCUGCUGUUGGAUGACAUACACUCAGCAUCGAGACACACAGGAGACGCUGGCGGUUUUGGACAGACUGGAUCUAGACACGGACAAGCCGAGCGACGAGGAACUGGCGCGGAAGUUUGGGUUUGAGGAGGAUUACUUCUCGGGCACCCUGUCAUGGUGGCAGCACAUCAAACCAAAGAUGUGGUCCCUCUUUGACGAGCCCUAUUCUUCCAACGCCGCCAAGAUCAUAGGCGUGAUCUCCGUUUUCUUCAUCUGCGUGUCCAUCCUGUCGUUCUGCCUGAAGACUCACCCGGACAUGCGCGUUCCCGUCAUCAGGAACAUCACAGUCAACACCUCGUACAACACUUCGGCGUGGACACUGGACAAGACGCAGACCAACGCCCACGAGGCCUUCUUCUACAUCGAGUGCGUCUGCAACGCCUGGUUCACGCUCGAGUUCUUCAUCCGGUUCAUCGCGACGCCCAACAAGUGGGAAUUCAUCAAGGCGUCCGUCAACAUCAUCGACUCUGUCGCCACUCUCAGCUUCUACAUAGAUCUGGUGCUUCAGAAGUUCGCAUCCCACCUGGAAAACGCGGACAUCCUCGAGUUCUUCUCCAUAAUUCGCAUCAUGCGAUUGUUUAAACUAACCCGUCACUCAUCGGGGCUCAAGAUCCUCAUCCAGACGUUCCGGGCAUCCGCCAAAGAACUCACCCUGCUCGUCUUCUUCCUCGUCCUCGGCAUCGUCAUCUUCGCCAGUCUGGUUUACUACGCGGAGCGGAUCCAGGCGAAUCCUCACAACGAUUUCAACAGCAUCCCUCUCGGCUUGUGGUGGGCGCUGGUCACUAUGACCACUGUGGGAUACGGGGACAUGGCCCCCAAGACGUAUGUGGGGAUGUUUGUGGGCGCCCUCUGCGCCCUUGCCGGGGUGCUGACCAUCGCGUUGCCAGUGCCGGUCAUUGUGUCAAACUUCGCGAUGUAUUACUCCCACACGCAGGCGCGAGCAAAGUUGCCCAAAAAGCGACGGAGGGUUUUACCGGUGGAGCAGCCACGAGGGCCAAGGCUCCCUGGGGCCUCGGGACAAGGGGGUCCUCAGGGAUGUGGAACAGGGGGGCCCGGGGGUGUCAUGCCCGCGGGGUGUGGCCCUCCCGGUGGUGUGCAGAACAGACGCAUGAACGCCAUCAAACAGAACCAUCCAAAAGAUAUGAUGGGUCAGAAGAUAGUUGGACUGGGAAUGAGUAUGACGAUGACCCUCAACCCAAAUGGAGUAGGACUCGAAACAGCACUGAACAAAAUGGCGUCUGCCAAUCAGCUAGAGCCUUCCAUAACCGACUCCGCCCCGACUUCGAGCAGCAUUAAAUAUCAGCUGUAGUUUGUGCAGUGGCAAUGUUCAAAAUGAAGACGAAACACCAAUAACAUAGCAGAUAAAUAAUAAUCACAACAGUUGUAGGAUAGUACAACACUGAAUCACAAUUGUUAACGCGGUUUUUUACCGACAGAUGGCUUCACCACGCCAUCAGGACGUUACAGAGAGUGAGCCAGAAUUUAUUCAGUUUUGUAUUUUAAAAUAAAUACAGGAUAAAAACUUUGUACAUAAGCAGGAAUUAGAGACUGCAGUUGUCGUUUUACUAAGUUAUAAACUGUAACAUAAAAGACUAAUUAACUUAUCUUCAGAGUCGGGUUAUAUACAUAUUAUAUAUAUAUACACAUACAUGAAUAUAUGAAAACUCUUUUCGUAUCUUUACACCAUCCACAAAACACUAAAACACAAAAUACAAGCAUACGCGAAUCACCUAUUAAGUAUAGUCCACAACACACAGUUCGAAUCGAGCAGUUAACUAUGAAAUCAUGUUAUAAAACAAUAUAUGAAAAUAUUGAUAAUUAUUAUUGUGAAGGCAAGCUAAACUCCUUGGAAUUCGGGACUGUUAUUCUUUUGUUAAUUGUACAACAAAUUACAGAGACGAGCAAAAAAUAAUGUCACGCUAUUGCAUCGGGAAAAUAUUAAAGGAACACAAAUUUGUCAAAUGUAUUAUUAACAACAUUGUAGAAAAGAAACCAUACAUAUUUUUUAUGAUCCCUGGGCAAUAAUUACGAACGUAUCUUUAAACAAUAGCUUUUUUUUAUUAUUUAUUUUGAUUUUUAUCUCAUUGUAGAUGUGUAUCAAAAUUUUAUAUAAGUUUAUGCCAAUCGUAGAUCUGAUCUGAUAUGUUGAAACUAAUCACAAGUAACAAACACUUUAAGCGUGCUUAAAUUGGUUUAAGUAAGUUUGUAAUAACUAUGUAUAAGAAAGAUUAAUAACAGAUAUUUGAAGAAAUAACACAAAGAGACGCACAAUUUGCUGUCUUAGCUCGUAUUAAGAGAGAGCUUUCGAGAAGUUUGUUUGGUUAUCUGCUAUUCAAAUCUCCCCUCAGUCUGCAGACAAAAGACAGGAUUAUGGGCAAGGAAGAAACAAUAUCUCGGAACUGAUAUCGACGCAUUAAUGUUUUUGUUUACUUAAGAAAUAAAUAUAUAUCAAUGAACACUUAAAAAACAUUGUCUAAAUAAUAAUAAUAAAUAACUCUUUUUGUAAACCUGCAUUAAAAUACGCCCCCGUUAGAAUUGUAAGUGGGCAAAAAUAACUUACGAAAAUUAUUAUUUCUGUUUAUUAUUUUAACCAAAUUAAAACUUUGAGCAGACUCCGUAAGCGAAAUACUGAGUAACAGACGUAGUAAACAAGGUGGUAUUCGUAGUAACCACUAAUCUGUAAAGAGUUAAAUUAUUGUCUGUUGAGGCUAAAGAUUUGCGACCGAAAUGUUAGAAAGAAUAAAUAUAAAUCCAUCAUAAAUUAAAUUAACGUUACAAAAUUGAAUAGGCACAGACACUGUCUUUAAAUUAACCACAAAUAAAAAAAUUACAACAUUCGACUACUUAAAAUACGAUGUUUAUUACUGCAUGUGAUUUCUAGCUGGGGCUGUGCUUCGAUUCUGGAGGCUCGUGAAUUAAAGAGGAACAGCUGAGACCUUCGUGUUGAUCUUCAAUUACUCAGAGUAAAUGCUGUGAGCCACGAAUUCACUAUUCAUAAGACAGACAGUCACUAAUGCUACGAGUCCUUCCACAUGACAAUGAUCCGCUACACAAUGCGAUUUCUUCAAUGUUUGUAUUUGUUACCACGAAGUCAUAAAUUUUCUUUUUCGGCUGUACUCUCAAUGUUACAGACGACAAAACCAUGAAAUUAUUUGCUUUUAUCGUCAAACUUUGAAGCGGGGAGUUCUUUCUUAUGUUCUUCAUUCAUCUUCUGCGGUAACCCGUCCUGUCUAAUGCCUUUCCAGGAUCGUUUCUAUUUAAAGUUUAAUCUUUUGUUCUAUGGCAAUGUAUAAAACCCAAGAGACGUCAUAGGUACAUAACAUUUCCUUAACAGGUUUUCUGACGAAACAAAAAUUCAGUCUAGAAAUGCCAGUACUUUUAAACGAGAUAUAUCGUGCUUAACAUAGAAAGGUUUGAUUCAUUGCGAAUGUGCAACUGAUCCUUAUUUCUACGACUAUGUUUCAGUCGCACAGGUUAUAUGGCGUGAAAUUUAACAAAAGUGCUUAAAUGUCUGGAACGAGCAGUCUCAUAGGCAAGGCCUGUUACAAAGCAGUCUUAACAGAAUUAGAAAAAAACCACGAAACAUUUCAGUCAAUAUAAUCGGUCGCAUCCUAAAAAAACAUUCAAAAACGCUAGCCUUAUAUGAACAUUUCAACCGGCGAUCAACAAAGUCCAAAAUAAAUAAAUUAAAAAUACGUAAAGUUUUAGUGACCAAAAAAAUACAUGUGUGCGUAUAUUUAAUAUUUUUUUUAGUAAGUAGUGUCUAGAUUCGUGUUAUCUACGUUCAAAAAAAUAAACUUCUGUAAAAUGAAAAUUUACUAAACGUUUAUUACUAGCGUAAACAAACAAAACUUCUCAUAAAGUUCGUGCUGCUAAUCCAAAAUACUACUUCAAAGUAAAUCAAAUCGACCAAUUGAUUAUAUGGUCUUGUGUCAAAACAUCUUCUUUAUUAACCAAACAAAAUGAGUAAAAUGAAAAAGUCUGAAAAUUUCAUAGGUCUAAAGUCGAAGUUAAAGUUACGUCUUCUGGCAAAUGGGACAAGCUAAGUAAUAUUGCAAUAUUUAAUCUAUUUAAGCAAGAUGUGCGUCUCUUUUAAAAGAUCAUUUUAGAACGAUGCUUAUUAUAAAAUACUGAAAUAAAUAACUGUGAAUUCUGAAGAAGGUAGAAAGUGGUGGAAUGACACGGUAUGUUUAUAAACAUGGCUGCCUUUACACAGACGAGUGUUUCGUUAGUGGAGUGAUUUAAUUACGGGACCAAAACAACACAAAUCAGCACUAAAAUAUUUUCAUGGCGAUCUGCAUCGAUAUGCAAUUGCUCCAUCGCCGAACUUAUGUUCUUUGGGCUGAUAAGCGAAGAGCGACGUCAUGGAAACGUGUCCUCUGUUAGGCCACGUUGAAGCGCCUCAUUUCGCAAAGAGAGAGAGAUUGCAGGGUCUUAUCUCCAAAAAUACUUAUGUGACGCACGGCUAGGGUAUUUUGUUUUGGCAAUGUUCCACUUUGCAACAUGUGUCCCAAAUUAUAAUGUAAAAAAAAACGCGUAUCUUUAUAUUGAAACUUCGUCAUUUCAUUUUACGAUUACCCUGUGUUUUAUUCGAACUUUCUGCGAUGAAAUAAAUAUUGACUUUUAUUGGAAAUAUUGAUUUAUACUGCAGCAGUGUUACUUAAAACAUCAAAUUCAACGUUUCAUGGUGUUUUACAUUCCAAUGUUGGUUAAAGUCGGAUAACAAAAAGGGACGCUUCUGAGCACGUGACUGGUGGGGGAAUCCCCACGCAGCCAAGUGGGGAUUCCCAAAUCUGGCGUCAGUAAUGCCAUUCGCAAUUAUCAAAGUUUUAGUUCCUGGUGAACGCAACAGAACUGUUAGGUUGUGCGUACAUUUCUUAAAUUGUUUAUUACACUCAAGGCUCUAACUCGUGUGGUCCUUUCUCCGAGAAAAAAAAUAAAGUAUUUUUACCAGAUACGAUUAUAUUCAAUUAUGACCCUUAUGUGU